AUGAUAAUCUCUCUAGCAGCUUUGCUUUCAUUCUACAUUUCUGCUUCCUAUGUGGCAGUUUUGUAUUUCUCGUCUAAGGAUGCCAACAAGUACGAAACUAGAAGGAACGAUCCCAGGAUAAUCAAAACGCGCAUGAAAAGUGUGGCCAGAAUAACACUACUUAAUCUUGUUCUAGUCCCUUGGCUGCUUUCUAUUCUAUCAAAAAAUGCAACAAUUACCUUCAAAGAAUGUUUUCUCAGAAUUGGAAUAGUUCCUGGAAUGUACCACCGAAAUGGUAGCCUAGAGCAGGACGUAAUCUGCCAUAUAAAAGACACAUCAAAAGCGCUCCUCCUGACUGCAAUAUUAUAUGGCCCAGAGUUGUUUGACAACAUCCUCUAUUACCUCAUACUUCCCAAUUCGUCUCCAAUCGCAGAUCUUUCCGCACAGUUGGCCAAUAUAUGGGGCGUUAGAAACUAUAUAUUCGCGCCAAUCACAGAGGAGCUUUUUUAUACAUCAAUGAUACUCCAGACCUACCUGACUCUAGGAUCUACCAUAUCCACUCGAACCUUGUUCUUUGAAACUCCUCUUUUUUUUGGCCUUGCACAUAUCCAUCACGGUAUUGAGAUGUAUUCAGCCGGUAUUCAUCGCAUAUCCCAGAUACUGUUUUCGUGCAUCUGCCAAAUGCUAUACACAUCCUUGUUUGGAUGCUUUACAAACUUCAUCUACUUAAAGCUAGGUGGAAAUCUCUUCGCAUGUAUCUUGAUUCAUGCCUUCUGCAACUACAUGUCCUUCCCGAGUCUUAAAUCACGUGCUGCAAUAGACUAUACUUUCCUAGUGGAUCCAAAACAGCAGAAACCUUUAACAAAGCUAUUGCUCCAAAUUUGGAAAUACGCUUACUCGCCCUGUAUAGUUCUAGCCAUUUGGUGCUUCAACCAUUACUUACAACCAUUAACCGACUCAUUGUAUGUCAUUCCUCUGUGA